ACUACCCAAAAGUAGCCGCUGAGAACCUUUUUAUAGACCAGCAGUGGAAGAACUUUUACGCCCUCAAGUGGUCUAAUCAGACCACAAUUGUAUUUAUUUACAUAUCUGACUAACUCCAUGGACAGUUUUGCAGCAAUCUGACAUUUCUUUCUGGUGCAUUGUUUUUUGUUUUUGUCAAUCAGUGCUUAUAAUUACUUAGUCUUCCUAUUAGUCAAGUGGAUUAUGGCUCUUCUCAUAUUUCCGAUGGAGGCUUCAUCAGUGCUGUGCCACAUCCUGCUUCCUGUUGAAAUGAUGGACACCACGACGGAAACCUGAUAGACCCAUUGUAAGUCAGUUGGGUGCAUUGAGCGCCAUUAGUGCCCACCUGUGUAGAGGCGUACGCUAUUGACAAGGGGAAUGGUACCAUCCAGUUGUCAAUUUAUUCAUACAUUUCCAGGAAUAAUAACAGGAGAACAGCACAAUGCAGAGCUCUGCAGCAUCGUUAUUUUAUGGAGAAGGCACAUAUUUACUAAAACAGACAUGUCGGGAGAGCUGGAAGAUCUGACAUCCACCACACAGGUUAGUCAUUUUAACAGCACUAACCUAUUGGUGCAGCUUCCUUCUUUGAAAGACACCCCCCUUAUUCUGCAGACACCACAGGCUAAUGAUCUGCAGAUCCCUGCAUCUAUUCAGUGCCACAAAUAUACUCUAGGGGAUUUUUGUGGCGGGGUUGGGAUUUUAAUUGGAAUCAACGAUGGUGAAGAAGGAGAAAUCGGGAGGUCUCAGUGGCCUCUGCCGCUGGUACAUUUAUGCACUCCAUGGACUUCUAUGUGAAAUCAUGUUUACAGCAACCUGGGAUUUUGUCACCACCAACAGCUGGAAACUGAUCGGUGUGAGCAGCAUCUGGGCGAUUUUUAUAUACGGAACGGCCAUAUUCAUCAUAGAGAAAAUGUCUCUGUAUCUGGAAGGAAAAUGUCAUCUUCUCUGUAGAUGUCUCCUAUACACUCUCUGGACAUAUGCCUGGGAAUUCUCCACCGGUUUUCUAUUAAAGACUUUUAGUUCCUGCCCAUGGGAUUACUCUCAUUUCAGUGGAAACAUCAUGGGGCUCAUCACCUUGGAGUAUGCAGUGCCUUGGUAUUUUGGCUGUAUGAUAGCAGAACAAGUGGUGAUCAAAAACACCCUCAGAUUGCAAUUCAUCCAGAGUGACCAUAAAAAUAGCAAAGGGGUAUGAUGGCCUUACAAUGAAGAUGGGUGCUGGUUAGCUACUGUGGCUCAUUAGCUCAUUUUACCUCACACUGAUUCUCCCUAGUCUGAAAUAUACCAACAGAGGGCCACAGUCCUGCCCUCAACUUUUUACUGCAACUCUGCCUGUUGAGGUUGGCUGAUCUGAAUGAGCAGAAGCCCACCGCCACCAUCUGUAAAGCAGUGCUGAGAAAGCAGAUCUCCAUUACAGCAGGUAAAAAUCUAAGAAUAAAAAACCUUAUUGUCCAAAAUCCACAGUUUUUUGGUGCUACAGGAUCUAUAGAAGUAGGCCACCUUCACCGCAGAAAAGUUCAGAUAUUUAGAUCCGCUCUGCCGAUAACCCGACCCAGAAAUGCAAAGCAGGUGGAAAGACCAAGUUCCUCCUCUCCACACGAGCACACAGGCAAUCACUGCAAGCUGGCCACGUUGCCUCUCUUUUUACUGGUUUCCUCCUCCUAUAAUUCCUUUUAGAGACAAACAGACACAUUAGUCUGCAAUUGGAAUCAUUGACUAGGCUCUGUGACUUGUGCAAAGGUCAUUGUGCAGGGAUGAGGAGUAGAUAAGCUUUGACAAUCGCCUGUUGUGAAUGGUGGAUCCAUUUGUAAUUCAGCCUGUGAUGAUAAUGAGAUGUCUGCUGAAAAGUGAUCUGUACGG